AUGAGACCUUGUGGACAUUCCUUUAAGGAAUGGAAGGAUGCGGGCACGGGACCCGUGGUGUCUGUGGGCGUGCCCACGGUCCUACCAGGGCUAGACGAGGCGUUGUACCGCGAGGCAGAGGAAAGAAAACACCGACAGCAACUUCGCGAGCAAGAGGCUUGGUUCAGUUUACUGCAGCAGUCACAGCCGAAGCUGGGCCGCACGUCCAAAGCACUCUGUCAUGCUCGUCUGGAGCGAGAACUUCGUGCAGCAUUCUGCAAAUGUGCACCGCAAUGUUACAUUGAGUCGCCGGCACAAAGUCACAUGCUUGCAAUCCCCAGAGUGAAGCUGGGUACUGUGCUGGAAGAAAUGGACUUUCUUUCGGCACGUGAUGAACAGGUCUUUUGUGAGAAGCUGGCCUUGCUUUUGGACAGGGAAGAGACUGGAAUGAUCCAACUUGGUAGGCUGCUCGAGUUUCUGCUGACAGCUCUGGACACUGUGGCUCACCAGCCAGAUCGGCCUUCGCCUUCAUUGACACCCUUGAGCUUGGAGGAUGAGUGCUUCCACCAGCUCGAGUGGCAACUGUCCAGAGCAUUUACAAGAAUGCUGUCAAACAGACACUGUCGUGCCACAACGCAAUCCUGCCAUCGCCGUGCAUUAGAACAUGAAGGAGCCGCACCUGAGGAGGUUCCACAGCCUCAAAAACGUCCGCAAAGACCUUUGUCAGCUCGGAAGCCAGUUUCCCGUUGCCAUCUUUUGUACCACCAGGCCAUCUUUGCCGCCCGCGAAGGGGCGCAGCUUGAGGAUGAGAUCAAGCAACUGAAGGAGCUGGAGGAGAUGCGGGAAUGUACUUUCAGACCCCAGCUGGUGGCAUCCUUCCGGUCGUUUCGCCCAUCGCCGCGGCCGCAGGUUCGCAACUUCGAUGCGACGGUUGCUCGAAUGAAGAAUGCUCACAAGCAGCAUCAAGAGAAGAGAGAGAGGAGCAGCCACAUCCCAAGCGGCGAGAACUACGAGCGUUUGAGACGCCUGGGAAUGCAGCCUUUCUCUUGCGCCUUUGAGCGCAGCGGGCGUGAGAAGCCCCUGGUGUACGUCGAUGUCAAGGUCGGGCCUGGACGGACAGGGCGCAUCGGAGUGCACGAGGGCGACGACUUGGCAGUGCUCUCGCGGAACUUUGCCAAGACGUUCCAAUUGGACAAGGCGGCCCAAGAGCGCCUCGAGCAGCUGCUCCACCAGGCCUACGAGCAGGUACGCUGA